UUGGCCCCUGGGGUGCCACUUGGCCACUCUAGGGCUCUGGUUUUGGAAUGCCCAGGACAACAGUGGCUGCCGGGCCCUGGGCAGAGCUGAAUGGUGCUUAUGAGCUCCACAGUGCUGCCGUCAAUGGCUGUGUUGGUCUUGCAAUGGUUGCACAGUUCUUGGGAAGCACAAGUCCAGCUGUGUUUUGUCCCAGUGGGCUGCUGGAGGCAUGGCACUCUUGAGGUGGUGCAGAGCCAUGUGCAGGUCCCUCAUGGUCUCCAGGGCAAAAUGAGGGCCCCCAGCCCUGUGUGCCCAGCCUGCAGCAUUGGUCUUGGCAAGGAUAAAACCUGCUACUGGUUUUGCUGGGAUGUCCUGGCCUUUGUCUGCCCUGCCAUGUGCCACCCCUGGCCUGCACCCUUGCUCCUUUUUGUCCCAACGCCACGGAUGGUCCAUGCAGGGGUAGUGCAGGAUGGUGGGAUGGUGUGCUGGGACAGGCUGUGCCUCAGCUCUGGUGUGCAGAGGGCACUGCUGAGCACCCGUGCCCAGCUGGGACCUUGCUAACAAGGAAGCAAGGAAGGAAAAAAAAAACCCUGGCUCAGCAAAGGAGGUACAAACCACCCAAGUCAAAUCACGUCUCCCAGCGUGGUGGCGCAGACAACAAGGACUGUCCCCCAUCUGGAGGAAUCCUGGCAGCUGAGCAGACCGUGGUAACGCUUCCAGUGAACACUGAGCCAAACGUGAGGUUGCUGAGCUGAGGGUGUUGUGUUUAACAGUGUGGUUGGUGAGGUGGGUUUCUGAUAUGGCAGAGGGGCAGAGAGGAAAUGCUGGCUCAAGGUUGGGGGGGUGCUGGUGCUUCAGGGUAGUGUGAUGGGGAUCCAGACAAAGGAGAGGGUGUGCAGAGCAGAGGGCGUUAAUCCCCACAAUCUCAGUUAUUGCCACAACACUGGAAUUUUUUCCUCUGGCCAUGGCAGAAAGGGGAACGGGUGUGCUGGGGUUCAGAGGGGGGCUGGCAGGGGCUGGCCUGCAGUUGCCCUCGCUGCUUCAGGGAAGCAUUGCCUCCCUUGUGCUGCCUUCUGCAGUGAGAGCAGCCCUGUCCCUGCCUGCACAGGCAGCCAGUCCUAUGGUCUCCAUCAGUUUCCCAGCUCCUAAGCCCCAGGAACAAUCCCGGAGGCUCUUUCUCCCUCCAGGCAGAAAUCAUGCCUCCUUCAAUGGGCUCUGUUGCAAAGCCAGGAGGGUUCUUGCUGGUCUCAGGAUGAGAGGAAUCGCUAGGCUGACUGCUUGUGCUUCAGCUCUGGUGUUUCAGAGGUCUUACCUAAGUCCACACUCACAGUUUGCAGCUGCGUGUCCCUGCUUGUUGACUGUUCCUCCUUGUUUCAAGCUCUUAAUGCUGCAAGGGACAGAGAAAACACGGGGGCAAUGUUUUGUACUCACCUGCUGAGGUGGUUGUGCUUGUAACAGUGCAAAGUCAGUGUGAAAUGGGAAGAAUGAGAAGCAGUGACAGUGGUGAGCCAGCCCUACUGGUGUCCCAUCUGGUCAGGGGUUCUUCCACCCCUCUGCCUCUGGAGGUGGCCCUGGGCUCCCCACCUUCAUGGGGGAAUGUGUCCCCACAACCACAAGGUUGGUGUUGGUAUCCUCAAAGCCCUUGCAUGUCUGCUCCAGGAGAGGAAGGUUACCUCCAUGACUGGCAAGAGCAGGGAAAGAUUCCUGGUGACUGAAUGGUGGGGCAAGGCAAAGGUAAGAAGGGACUGGCCAGGUGCUGGUGCCCAGCCAGGCUAGCUUCUGCUGUGGUUCACAGUCUGAGAUCUCUGCUUCCAGCCCAAGAGGGUCCCUUAUUGUGCCCCAUUUUACCUUGUGGGUGACAUCACACACGGUGCCCUCCCCGUACCAGCGAGGCUGUGGGAUGGCUGGGGGUGUCCUGGCAGUGGUGUCACAGGAUUUGCCAGUGUGAGUCAUGCCCAGAGCUGGGCUGAGUCACCUCCCCAGUGGUGUGAGUAUCAGGUGAGGAGCUUUCUCAGAGCCACAUCCUGGUGACAAAGGGAGUGUGGCUUCUCACCACGGAGUGCCAGAGGUGGGUGCAACAGAAGGUUGCUGCAGCAUCUGCAUAGUGCCGUAGCAGUGUGGCAGCUGCCCACUGUCCCUGUAGGUCCACUUACCACCACAGCCCUGAGGGUACCUGCCCUGCUGCACCCCCCAGUGUGCAGCAGAAGGUCCCCUCCAUAGUGGACACCUCUGUGCCACAAUAGGCAUGUGGACUCCAUGGCGCAGUGUCACUGGCUGAAGCUUCUGUUUUUAAUCCCAGGUCCCAGCAGCCCAUCAUGUCCGUGGGUAGCAGAACAGCUCCAGCACACCCAUCCAUUUCCAUGGCCCCCAGCAUGGCUGCAUAGUGCUGGGGCAGAUGGAUGGGCUGUGGUAGGAUGAGCCCUGCCCUGCUCCUGCUGCUGUUCCUGGCCAGCUGCUCCCUGCUCCAAGGGAUGAUACCGAGGCCACGGCGCGUCAGGCUGGAGGCACGGAACUUCCACGUCUGGCUGCGUUGGGAGCCACACCCCAGCUCACCCAGCUCUGCCACUUACGAGGUGGAGUGGAGGAACAGGUAGGUGGGGGUGAAGGGGUCUGGUCCUCUUACACCCUGGCAGAGGCUGUUGGGGACCCCUGGCAGCCAGAGGACUGUUGUCUGGCAGUAAAUGCCACAGAGUAACAGAGCAGUGGAGUUGGCAGGGAUUGGCUUGUCCUACCCCUGCACAUGCAAGGUCAGCUCAGGACUGUGUCCUGGUGGGUUUUGAACAACUUCAGGACAACAUCCCUUGACAGCUUGGUCCCUUUCCUGGUCACUCUCCCAGUAACAAACUAAGGGGUUGCUUUUGGACUGCGGUUUUGGAUUUGUUUUUUUUUCCCACUAUGCUAAAUGGGAUUUCCUGUAUUCCAACUUGUGUCCAUUGCCUCUUGCCCUUUUGCUGGGCACCACUGAGAGGAAGGCUCUAUCUUUGUCUCGUGUUGGUAAGAUCCCCCCACCCAAAGUCACCUUUUUCUGACACUCAAGCUGUCACCACUCGCUCAGUUUCCCUCGUACCACAGAGACUCAACAGCCUCAUCUCCUUGGUGGGUUCUCCCUGCCACGGCUGUGUGUUUCCUCAUUGUGGAGAGCACAGGUCAGAGCACAGUUCCAGAUGCCAUCUGUCCCCAGGAGGGAGUCAACUUGCUGGUGACCCCCCUUCUCACACAUCCCGGGAACACUGUUGGCUGAUGCCUGGGCUUUCCUAUGCUUUCCACCUGGGCAGGAUGGCGGUGGCUGGGCAGCCCUCCUUUUGGGCUGGGAGGAUGCUGAAAAGAAGCAAUCCCUGUGCUUUCUCCCUUGGCAGAACCUCAAACUGGACCAAGGCAGGUGCCUGUGGGGGGAACAGCAGAAACUCCUGGGUGUGUGAGCUGUAUUUUGACAGGAUUCAUGAUAUCUACUGGGCACGGGUGAGAAUGGUGGCCGGAGGUGAGCAGUCCGAGUGGGCCAGUUCCAGUGAGCUACAGCUGUACAGAGACACAAUUGUUGGCCCCCCCAAGUUGUCCUGGCUGCUCCAGGACCAAAUCCUCAGUGUAAACAUCAUCACACCACCCACUCCCUACCAGAGAAGAACUGGUUCCUACAAGCCAGUCAACCAAGUGCUGCUGAAGCUGUGGUACUGGCUGCACCUGUACGAGGGGGACCUGCUUGUCCAGCAGGUGCCCUGCAAACGGAGCAGUAAGGAAGUGCCUUGCACCUUUGGGCACCUGAAGCCCAGCACACAGUACUGUGUCCGGACGGUGGCUGCAGACAUUGCCAGGGAGCGGAGCCGGGAGGCUGAGCAGUGCCUGGUGACUCCAGCAGGCCCUUCAGGCUUUCCAUGGGUCCUUGCUGUGCUCAGUGCCUUCUUCCUGCUGCUGCUACUAAGUGUGGCCGGGAUCUGCCUCAUGCAGCUGUAUGUCUUUCCCAGUCCUUCGGAGAUGUGCCUCCCAAAAGCACUGGCUCUCCAGAACAGUGAGCUGAGUGUGGCCAUGCAGGUGCCUCCACUCCAGCCUGAGGAGGAGCCGCUGGCCCUGCUCCUGCAGACUGUGCUCCCCUCCCACAGGCCAUCCACAGCUGUGCAGGCAUCAGCCACGGUUCCACAGCUUCUCCAAGGCCUUGUCCAGGAUGUGAGUGGCUACUGUGCCAAUGGGUUUGGCCCAAACUGCACUGAGGGAAGGCACCCAUCCUGCAACCACAGUCAGCUGGGGCAUGCCUUAGGUUCCCAGGUCCCCUCACAGCUGGAGAAGGAUGGGGAGGCAGGUGAUGGGGAUGAUUUGCCAGAGCAGCUGGUGCUAGUGGGACUGGCUGGACACAGCUACAUAGCUGACAGGGACAGCCAGUUACCUGAAAUAUGGCUCCCCCCGCACCUCCAGCUUUAUUCUAAAUGCCAGUGCCCAGUCCUGGGAGCAGGCAGCCACCUUCCUCUGCCCGUGCCAAGCAGAAGCUGCAGCCAGGAGUACCUGCAGGAGAGUCUCGGCACAGCUGGGCCCUGGAUCCGGCUCAGCUCCGUGCAGCUCCCGGCCAGCACGGAGGCAGAGGGAGGGCAGCGCCUCUGUGCUCCCCAGCCCCUGCGUGGCGGCGGGACUGAAGCAGAACGCGGUGACGGCACUGUGCAGCGAGGCCGCUCGGAGCAGGCAGAACCGCGUCUGCCCAGCCCCUGCCAGCUGCCCCCCUCGCCCCGCAGCGUCCUGCGGCCACUCGCCUUAUCCGGCUACGAGCCCCGUGCCCCGUGCGGCAGCGAGCCGCAGCGAGCCAGCUCCCGGCAGAGCCCGGCGCGCCUCCCGAGCUGUCCUAACCUGUGCUGCCGGGCUGGCCAUGGGGCUGGGGCGGGCUCCCAAGGGCAGGCAGAGGCAUAUUCCGGGCACAGCCGCCAAGGAUCCGCCAAGGACGGGCGGGACCCAGAGCUUUCAUCUGGGUGCUCCUUAGACACAGCCUAAGGAGCAUUGACCAACGCUGAACCCCCAAAACUCUUAUCUAGAGAUCUGUCUGUAUGUGUGUGUAUGGUACAGUAUCUAUAGUAAUGUAACACUGAUAUAUACAUGUAUAUUUAUAAAGCUUUUUAGUGAAAAUUGUUCAGGU